UUGGUAUUUUUGUGAACGUUAUCUGCCUGUUAAGUUGGCUGCGAUUUGGCCGACUUCCUUUUCCGUGUUAGCUGUGAAAGAAAAAACAUGCCGCUAGCAAAAGAUUUACUGCACCCUCUGCCCGCUGAGGAGAAACGCAAGCACAAGCUGAAGCGCUUGGUGCAGCAUCCCAACUCCUAUUUCAUGGACGUCAAGUGCCCCGGCUGCUACAGGAUCACAACGGUUUUCAGUCACGCCCAGGGCGUUGUUGUCUGUGCCGGUUGCGCCACCAUUCUGUGCCAGCCUACUGGAGGACGGGCCAAGCUCACAGAAGGCUGCUCGUUCCGCAGGAAGCCACAGUAAAAAUAAUUUUGGACGUCGCGCUUCAGGAUGAACCACAAAUUAUUAAUUUUUUAAUAAACACUCUUACAAAACAAAACAAAUAAGAAACGUAAAGAAAAUCCACAAAUAAGUCGUAUUGAGCCGUUUUCAUUCCUUGUAGAAAUUGGCUGUUUUGCAAAUUGGAGGAUGGACAACAAACAACAAGCUAAAUUCAUAGUCAACAUUAUCAAACAACAACAAUGACAGUGGCAGCAGCAGCAGCAGCAAAACAACAACAAAUUACAAAUUUGAUAAGUAGUUUUAAAAACUGCAUGUAAAGAAGCAGGCCAAAAAAAAAAAACAUCUGGCAUGUUGAGGAUUGUGGAGAGGCUGUAAAAUAGAAAGAACGCUUUUAAUAUAUUGACUUUGAAAUUUCUUUGUUUAAGCACCAGCGACAGUUCAUUAAAGAAUUAACGAUGUGGUUAUUUAGAGCAA